GGACACAAGUUGACGUAUUUGUGUUUCUAUUUUUUAAACGUCGGCUUUUAGAAACGUAGCUUUGACACAUUGACGUCAGGAAUGAAACAAACUAAACUGCAACAUUGAAGUGACCUAAAAAAGGUAUCAAACACGUCUUCAUACAAGCAGCAGGCUUUAAGCGAACAACAGGUCUGUGUGAGACGGAGGACUUGAAGUCCUCGGUCCCCGUGAGACCUUCUCAACAGGCUAAAUGCAAACAGGCGGUAAGUUAAGUCAGUGAGAGGUAAGCUGAGCCGGUGCUGAGGAGAUGUCAUUGCUGCUGCUGACGAGCAGGAUAGAUGCUGACCAAGUCCCGCGCACGGCUGCUGCCAAAACUCCGCCCGUUAACACCACCGAGCGCACAUCUCCCAUAUGACCCGGGGCUUGGAUAUCUCUGCGGCAUCUCCUGGACCUGCUCGGGGAAAUGGUUUCUGUCUUUUUUAAGGAGGCUCAUUGUCCGCAACUCAGAUGAUUUCAAGUGACCGAUGGCUGAUGAAAUCUCCCCACUGAUGCCCGACAGGCCAGUUGUUGGUAACAGGAAACACCAAGAAAGGCAGUCUGUCGCCCCGUUUCUCUCAGACGGACAGCUCCUGACGGACCCUGAGCACGACUCUGCAUGUGGCGUGAACUCACUUUCAGAGAGCUAUGACGCAGGGAUCCUUUAUCUGAAUCCUCGGACACCAAACUGGUCUCUCGUGGAGAAGUUUGCUGAACUUUCACCGGGGGAAUUAACAGGAUUCAGAGACGAUCCGGACGACAGCAGUCAGGGACUGUUGCAAUGCACCAAACGUACUGAGAACACUGACGCGUGUGGAUCUAAUGAAGUGCUCCAAAAAAAGGAAGGCAACUGCCUCCGUAAGAUACAAAGUAAUGCAUCGGCCAAACAGAGGGCAUCCAAGCUCAAAGAGCUAAAUGUCGAGGAAUAUUCUCCGGGUGGAGUCGGGAAUAAGACCCAAAAGAAAGAUGUGCACAAUCCUUCUGUGAAGAAACUACUUAAAAAGUGCAAAGAUGACAAGAUCCCCAGGCUUUUGGUCGCAAUGAAGAAACGCAACGUAGUCGACAAAGAGCACCGCCCCUUCAAGUGCACCCACUGCAGCUGGGCCUUCAAGAAGCUCUGCAACCUGCAGAGUCACCUGCAAACGCAUACGGGCCUCAAGCCGCACGCGUGCGACAUUUGCGGCAAGGCGUACUCCCACCAGGGCACGCUGCAGCAGCACAAGCGUCUCCACACGGGUGAGAGGCCAUAUCACUGCCCCUUCUGCGUCAAGACCUACAUCUGGUCCUCGGACUACCGCAAGCAUAUCCGCACACACACCGGCGAAAAGCCCUACGUGUGCGACACCUGCGGGAAGGAUUUCAUUCGCUCCUCCGACCUGCGGAAGCACGAGCGGAACAUGCACACCAACGACAAGCCCUUCCCGUGCGCACACUGCGGAAAGACCUUCAACAAGCCUCUCUCUCUGAAGCGCCACGAGCGGAAGCACCUGGGAGAGAGGCCCUUCUCCUGCCCCGACUGUGGCAAAGCCUUCGCUCUGGCCAGCCGCAUGGCCGAGCACCAGAAGACCCACACCGGCGUUCGCCCUCACGUCUGCCCGGUGUGCUCCAAGUGUUUCACCAAGUCGUCCAACCUGACGGAGCACGAGGCCAUCCACAGCGGAGCGCGGCCCCACAAGUGCGCCGAGUGCGGCGUGGCGUUCGCCAUGGCCUCCCGCCUGGUGCGUCACCAGUAUGUCCACAGCAAAGAGAAACCCCACGGCUGCCCGGGCUGCAGCAAGAACUUCAGCCACCUCGCCACGCUGAAGCUUCACCAGGAGCAAACGUGCGCUGGGAGGAUCUUUGUCUGCGUGCAGUGCGACAAGUCUUUCCAGUGUGCCGCAAAGCUCGCACAGCACGUGCUGAACCACACAGGGAUGCAAAUGUCUGAAUCCAAUUAAAGACAGGUUGUGCUCAUCCACAUUGGAUCCAUUCAAAGUCAUGGGGUACCAGUUUAUUUCUGUUAUGGUAUGUAUGUAUAGAAUUCCUGUGCACCCUCUGUCCCAGUGGUGCUAUGUUUCCAUGGGAGCGUUGUGGGACAAAAACACACAGCAAUGACACUGGAGCCGACAGCUCAGCGGUGUGAAGGGAAAGCGGUCACAAAGGGCAUCGGACCUUUUUUUUAAAAAAGUGAGGACGUAAAUGUUACAACGUUACCUCUCUGCGUGUCGGGGAAUGCAGGCAGUUUAUUCGGACGAACGGCUUACUGCGCCGCAGCAGCACCCCUGGGUCACUCUGAAUCUGGCUCCGGUGGGACCUGCCGACGGACUUCAAGAGGGUAUGGCACUGAGCGUUGCAUUUCAGAAGAAACCCGUCACUUCCUCAUGCCGAUUUUCACGGCUACGCGGAGAUUUAAAUGACCGACUUCAACAUCAGCUUAAUGUUCUCCACCCAUCAGCUACCCGUCAUGGCACAUGGCAGCUUCGUCAAUAUUUACUUAUUCCCAGGUGUAGGCUGUUUUUUGUUGUAGCGAGUUUCUUGGCCUCACAAGCAGCAGUAGCUGCGACAGACGCUCCCUAACAUGGCCACCAGCCAGUCAUACCCCGCCGAGGCGCAUUGCUGUGACCAAGUUAAUGAGUUUUGGUGGUUCAGGGCCAGUCAGUCUGUUGUUGCUUUCUUGAAUUAUCGUCACGGUGCUUUGUGUUCAUUAUUUAGUUUUGGGAGUUCAGCUUGUUCCAAUGCGGGAGAACCUUUUAAAUGUGUCACGUAUACAUUUUGGUACAUUUUUGGCCAUAUUGCCAUGCACAUGUUUUGUUGUGUCUUUCCAACAGGAGCAUGUAGGAGCUCUACCUCCUGGCAGAUAAAAAGGGAAACAACAUUGCACACCUGAUAUUAAAUUAUGUCUGAAGAUAAACCUAAAUAAACGUUUUGUUAACCAAGUGGUCAUUUAAAAAAUAAUGUCAGCUUUUAUUUUUUCGUACCGAUAAUAACGUUUGCUCUCUGAGGGUUCAUUUAAAGCGACAACGCAUCACAUUCAUGCAGUUCAAACAGACAUUGCGGGAAAAUGCCAGUUUUGGAAUAGGCCUGUAACUCAAGUCAGAAUCCCUCCAGUCAGAGGGAUUUCUUUGGAUGCCACUUGAAACGGUCUUUCAAAAAAGCUAUCCAUCCUAAAUGUGUUUAUGUGCUGACACAUUAUUUGGCAGUAAUGUCUCAGCCACAUUUGACUACUGCCAACUAAUCGUAAAAAGAGGCCGCACCUGCUCGACAUCGGCAUCCAAGAUAUUUUCUUUGCAAAAUGUUUUUAUUCAAUAUGGCAGGCAAACUCACUCUGCAGAACUGGUAAUUAAACCACUGCAUGUGUCGGUACAGAGGUAAAAACAAACAACAAAAAGCAUUGACAAAUACUGUAAUAGAGAAAAAAAACAAAAAGUGACGGUAAUAAUAGCAUAUAUUACUGUGUGUUUUAUAUACAUUUAAAGGAGCCUACAUUAGCUCAGUCAUAACAAAGACAUGUAUUUCAUAGAACUAUUAAUAAAGCUUGUUCUCGAAUAAAGGCAUUGCAAUU